CCAAAUCGAUUUUUGCCUCUUUUCUUUUAUAUAUUUCUGUAUUCUUUAUACAUGUAUUUGUAGCCUAUUAGUGUAUUUGUAGUCCCAGUACUUUUCCUUAUCUUUCUCCCUAGGCAGAAAGACAAAAUAUAUUCCAGAGCUUCAGUUCCUGGGGGUUACAAAGCCACUGUCCCUCCCUAGGAACCAAGGUCAAAACCAGCUCUUAGAGACACAUUUUCAUCAAGAACAUUUAGUCCCUAAAAAGAGACAGAAUUCAGAGAAGGGUUGAACUGGAGGAAAUUGCCUCACCAGUUAUGUCUCUAAUUGGUGUUUUUUGUCAAUUAUGCUAAUUUUGUAAACUUAGAAAACUGUAUUCAUCCCAGGGGGAUAUGCAUUUUGUGGACGUUCUCCAUAUCUGGCCCUGGAGGCCUCCAAUAAACACCAGGCUUUAUAUUAGCUCCUAUACUAAUAUUAUCUCAAAAGCGUGUGUUGUUUCAUGUAUAGGUUCUUUAAGGCAUCACCACGGGUAGAAGAAGCUGGGACACACCCUUAAUUGUGAAACACUGGACCUGUUCAUUGCUAAAAGGCUUUCCAGCCCUAAUGGGCUGGUGGGAUUGUUCAUUGUCACUGAGGUCUCCCCAUAUAGCAGCAGCAUGUGUCCUAUUGCUGGAUGGGCCAGCAUGGCCCUUAGUGAAUGUGGUAUGAAGGGACAUGUAGCAGCUUUAAGUUAAGUGGUGGGAAAAGAGCACUUAGAACGUAAUUUGAAAUUUCUAAGGUGAAUUAUUCUUAAGUUGAAUUAUUAUUAACAUGAAUUAUUCUUUGCACUUACUGAAAAGACAAAACAAGCUGCUACUGCCAAGCCAACAUGGGGUAAGAGCUGUGAUACACUUAUUAUUGUUUUUAUAUCUCUUCCAAAUCAUAGGAUUGUAGGAUGGUUAUCAUGGGAAGGGACCUUAAAGAUCAUCCAGUUCCAACCCCUCUGCCAUGAGCAGGGAUGCUUCUCACUAGACAAAGUUGCUCAGGGCCCCAACUUGCCUGGCCAACACUUCCAGGGAUGGAGCAUCCACAGCCUCUGGAUGGUUCACCUAAAACCCGGAUCAGGAAAUUGUCCCUCUACACACUCCAGGAGUGCCCUUGGUUGCUUGCAGCCAGCUGCAUUACUUUCCCAGCAGAUGCUGGUGAGCUAGGUGUUCAAGAAUGCAUUCAGUGCAGGUAACUCAGGAUGCAGCUGCAGUACAAGAUGCAGGUCGAGCUCUGGAGGGGCAGGAGCCCGAGCCCAAGGUAAGAGGCCAUGAACUACCCUUGGCAUUACAAAGGGCACAGGGACCUGUGGGGCAGCCAGGGGACCAGACAUUCCCAGACACAGCAGGAGCUGGUGAGCCCCAGACCUUCAUGGCCUUAGAUGGCGAGGGGAUAGAAGCACAGGAGCUUCUUUAUUCCAGAUUCCUCCUCAGAGGCACCAGCUUGACCUGUUAUUUUGUUACUUAGUUACUGCAUCAUGAUUAAAUUGUUUUGAGGAUCUGGACAUCUCUGAGGCUGCUAUGAGAAACCCAGGAUUAAGCUGGUAAGGAGACCUUGUCUGACUGUGUGAGAGUGGAGGGUAUAGCUGUGAAAACCUUUGGUCCCACAUGAGGUGAUCUGAGAGUGACUCCAGAGUGGCUCUUGGGUGUUUGGAUAGGGAAGUUUCCUUAACACUGAAAUCCUCCCUUCCUAGCCCACAGCCCUCAGCUACAGCUGAGGAAGUGUCCCAGCAUGCUUCCAUGAUGGCAAUUUGAUCAUAAGUUUGGAAGGGACCUAAAAGUUCAUCUGGUUCCAAUGCCCCUGCCAUAGGCAGGGACACCUUCUACUAGACCAGGUAGCUCAAAACCCCAUCCAGCCUGGCCUUCAACACUUCCAGGGAUGGGAGCAACCUCUCUGGGCACCCUGUGACAGUGCCUCACCACCCUAAUAGUCCAUCAAUUCUUCCUAAUUUCUAAUAGAAAGAGCUUAAGGCUAUUCCCCCUCUUCCCUGCCUGCCCUUGGGAAGAGGCCCUCUCCAACCUUCUUACAGGCCCCUGCAGCCACUGGAAGGGCUUCUGGAAGCUCUAAACGGUCAACAGCCAACAAGAGCCGUUGUUACCGUGACCCUGGAGAGUCGUGAGCCCAACAUUCCAAAGUUUGGGAGUUAGAGGCAUGGACCAAUCAGCAGGCUCUGGUCCAGGUGACAUCACAGUGGCUGAAGAGCACCUGCGGCAGUUGGAGGGGCAGAGCAGAGCAGAGGACAGCGCAGAGCGGUCUUGCUUCGCUCUUGUCCCCUUUGGGUAUUGGUGUCAUUCUGUCACUCUAGAAGCUUCUGUCACCCAGGAGCUUCUAGAGUCAGAAGAGGAACAGCUAAAGGAAUGGGUAGUUAAUCCCUUGAUGGACCUUCCUGCCUGUGAACUCCACAGGCUUGGAGAGAUUGCAGACCUAGUGAUGUCUGUUCGCCUCUCACCCACCCGUAAGGAAAAGCUAGCGCUGGCCUUGAAGAACGAAGGCUAUAUUCCAAAGCUGCUACAGCUUUUCCAGGUCUGUGAGAGUGCAAAGAACACCAAAGGCUUGCAUCUUCUGUUUGACAUUGUGAGAGGAAUUUUGUACCUGGACAAAGCCAUUCUGUUUGAGGUGAUGUUUUCUGAUGAGUGUAUUCUGAAUGUCAUUGGAUGCCUUGAGUAUGAUCCUUGUUUGGCUCAGCCAGGAUGGCACAGGGAAUUCUUGACCAAAAUAGCAAAGUUUCAGGAGAUUAUUCCUAUCAGAGACCCUGAACUCAGGAAAAAAAUCCACCAGAUGUCCAGGGCACAGUGCAUUCAGGCCAUCAUCGUGCCUAAUCCAUCAGAUUUUGAAGAGGGCUUUCUUUCUACCCUCAAUUCCUUCAUCAGCUCCAGAAGAGAGGAGAUUCUACAUGGGUUGAAGAAAGAUGAGGAAUUUUUGCCUAAAGUUUUUGCGCAAUUAACAAAUGAAGCUACACCUGGUGAGCAACGAUGUGAGUUGAUGAAGUUUCUCAAGGAGUUCUGUGCCUUUUCUUUCACAUUACCUGAGAAAAAAGAAUUUCUUCAAACUUUGGCAAACUUGGGAUUUCUUCCAACUCUCAAAGUGUUAAUGGGAAUGGAUGAUCCUCAGGUUAGAUCUGCUGCUGUAGAUAUAUUGUCUUAUCUAGUAGAAUUUAGUCCAGCCAUGGUCCGAGAAUUUGUAAUGCAAGAGGCCCGGCAGAGUGAGAAUGAUACCCAUCUCAUCACUGAGGUCAUUGAGCAGAUAAUCUGUAGCCCUGACGCUGAAUUUGGAGGAGAUAAUCAGACAAUAGAGAUUUUGUGUGCUCUGAUUGACCCAAGGAAAAUGCUGGCCACAGCUAGUCGUUUAGAGAUCAUUGAAUUCCUCAAUAUCUUCUACAACCGUUACAUUCGUGUUCUUACCGCACCUCUUCUGGCUGAUACAUCAGAAGAAUGGUAUGAAAUAGAUAAUUAUCAAACAGCAGAAAAACUUGCCUCAGUUUUGCAGCUGCUGUCUUUUUGUGUGGAGCGGCACAAGCAUCACAUGAAGAUUUACAUUAUCAAGAAAAAUCUGCUAAAGAGAGUACUGGUCUUGCUGAAAUCCAAACACAAAUUUCUGGCCUUGUCUGCUCUUCGCUUUAUGAGGAAGAUAAUUGGCCUGAAAGAUGACCUUUACAACCGCUACAUCACCAAGAGGAACCUGUUUGAACCAGUUGUGAAUGCUGUGCUGGACAACAGGAACAGGUGCAACCUGCUCCAGUCUGCCUUGGUGGAGCUGUUUGAAUUCAUCCGAAUGGAUAUUCAGCUCCUUAUUGCACAUGUAGUUGAGAACUUCUCUGAUGCCCUGGAAUCUGUCAAAUACAUUCCCACAUUCCAGGGACUGAAGACAAAAUAUGAGCAAGAAAAAGACCGGAAAAAGGAGAAACCGAACAGUGUCCCUUCCAAAUUGCCUGAUAACACGUUUGUCAAAGAAACCGUAGUCUUACCAGCAAAUGAAGAUCAGCAGGUCAGUGAAGGUGAAGAGAAGGCAGCUCCAAUGUCACCACCAAGCUCCAAUGGCUCCUGUCCAACCUACACAACCCUGACCACAGUGGUGACAUCACCCAAGAGAGGUCUAUUUGAAGCAUUUGCUCAUCCUGAUGAUGAAGAUGGGACACUGCCAAAGAAAAGAGCUCGUCUGGAUUCCUAAGGGAAACUGAAUUUUUUUAAUAGGAACUUUUAUUAUGGGUUUUCCAGUGCUGCAACUGUUUAAUGUUAAAAUACGGAACCAGCAAUCCAUCUCAUAGAUCUCUCUUGUUAGAUAUAUCUAUAUAUAGAUAUAUAGAUAUAUAGAUAUAUAGAUACAUAGAUAUAUAGAUACAUAG